UAUACAAUGGAUUCAGUCAUGAUGGCAACCUGCUGACUGACCUGCAGCAGCCUGGACUCUCUCCUGAUGUUUGUCUGAGUGUAAAUAUGAAAACCAGCAUCGAUUCUUCUCAUCCUCCAUUGUCUCGACCAGCUGCCACCUGUUCAUAUGAACCUAAAACACUGGACUAAACCACAGCUGGUUUGGAUUGGACUUCUUCUGUUGUCUCAUUGUACCUGGAAAGCUGCAUACCUUCAUACGGUCCUUAAUAUCGCUUCUUAACUUUUCAAAAACCCAGCGAAGCUUAUAUAUCUGAGGCCACGUGAAGUACUUGGAUGCAUGUGAGGGGAAGUGGGUGACAGGAUAUGUCUCACAACAGCGAUGAUGUUCUUCUCCUGUUUUGGACGUUAAAACUCGCCUCAUCCCAGAUCACAGUGAGAUCUCAGUGUCUUCAUAACCUGAAACCUGCCAACCUUAAGAUGACUUCUAGAAGAAAUCCUUUGACAGCUGCAUCUUUGUUGAUACUUAUGAUCAGAGUCUUCAGAGGAAAUACCCUGACAUGUCUUCCAGCAGAGUAUCAGACAGGAAAUGAAUGCUGUCCUAUGUGUCCAGCUGGAAAUAGAGUUAAAACAGACUGCACAGAGUUCAGGAGUACUUCCUGUCUGCCAUGCAUAGAAGGAACCUUCAUGAAUCAUCCCACUGGACUUAAACAAUGUUUUCACUGCACAAACUGUGAUGCAGGUUCUGGUCUGAAGAUGAGGAGUUCAUGUACAGCAACAUCAGACAGAGUUUGUGAACCACUGGAAGGAUUCUUCUGUAUAGACACUAGAGAGAACAACUGUGUGGCAGCAAGGAAACACACAAGAUGUCAACCAGGACAAUACAUCAGUCAAAAAGGAACAGCCUCCAAAGACACUGUGUGCUCUGGCUGCAGAAAUGGAACAUUUUCAGAUGGGACAUUUACAUCUUGUCAACCACACACACAAUGUGAAUCAGAAAAUCUUCAGCUGAUAAAACCAGGAACUGCUGCAAGUGAUGCUGAAUGUAGAGAAAGAAACAGUUUAAAUGUGACAGUAAUUGUGAUCGGCGUUGUAGUGCCUUUUUUAGUGAUUGGCUUCGUUGUAGUUCUCUUUCUUGUCUGGAAGAGAAGAAAACGUCGAGCAGCUCUAAAAAGAAAUGGAAGCCCUCCCACAGAGGUGGAGAAACCUGAGUGUGAGAAGACUGACUUGUCCUGGGGGCUUUGAAGCGGACAACAAAAGGCUCUCUGGAGAAAGCAUCAACAUCUCCUGGUCGAAUGUCUGGAUACUGAUACUGGCCAGAGACGGUCACCGUAUCGGU